AUGAGAUUCUUUGCGCUUUUCUGCGGCCUAUGCCAAGGUUUGGAAAUCCGUCAGGGCUCCAAAGAAGGGCUGCUGGAUGAAGCCCCCAUCGCCGAAGACUUCUUCGCUGCGCAGGUGAACGGCAGCAAUGUGAGCGUGAACGGGAGCCGCAUUAGCCGGCCUUCCGAUCUCAAGGAGCUCGCGCUGAAGACCCGCUUCACUGGCACAGAGGGCAAGAAGUGCAGGGGCCAGCCUUACACACUGGACCCGGUCGCCGGGUGCAAUGGAUGGAAAGGCUUGUCGGUUGAAGCCUGCAAGGAGAAGUGCCGCACGAACAGCGUCGCCGCCAGAUGCCCCGCGCGGUUUUGCAACGCCGCAGUGUUCUUCAAAAACUCUGGCUUCUGCCAUCUCUACAGCGGGUGCGAAGGGAAGGAGACGGAUCAGAGUGCGCUUCUCCUGUACCGCGAGGCGACGGCUUUGGAAGUUCGGCCUGGCUUGGUGGAGGAGGUGGAAGAGAUGCCGAAUGCCAGCAUCUACGACUUCGGGUCAAAUUUUCAGUCCUUCUCCAUCCUCGCGAGCGUGUCGAACGUUCGCAACAAGAGGAUGAAAGGAUUUAUGAGAGGCUCCAUUCUGAGCAAGAUGCACAUUCCAGAAGGUGCUAUCCCUGGAAAUGCUUGGAAAGGCGCAAGCGGCUGGAGAUUGGAUGUGUCAUGGUCAAGGAGGCUUCGGGGCUACGUGCCCCGUUUGCUGAUCAUCACCAACUCCGGGCACGUCUUCUUCGGGGUGGGCAAAAGGAAGUUGACCGGUGCGCAGGUGGAGAUUGCCGUGUCUUUCAACGCCAAGGACUUCAGCAUGAUGAUGUGGAUCAACGGGCAGAAGGAGCGGAUUGCGCAGAGAGGCCGCCAGUACCGCCGGAGCUUCUCGGGCGAGUUCUCCUCUCCUGUGCCUUUGAUGAUUGGCGGCCGGCCAGACGGCAAUUCCAGCCUCCCCUUCGAUGGCCAAGUCUUCAACGUGGUGCUCUACAGCGGCGUCUUGGGUCGGGUGACAAAGGACUUGUCGGGAGCGGAAGCGGGCCGACUGAAGACGACCGUUCUGGGGGUGGACAGGACGACGGUCGGCGACAAGUGGAUCCAGGUGAAGUCUUCCUUGUUGGAGGCAUCGGAGAACUCGCUCAAUGACGCCAUCACCAACAGCAGUGAGGCUGUGACCUGCAAGGGCUGCAGCAAGUACACCAGGUACCGCGGCGGCACAGUUUGCUCUUUCGACAAGUCGGAGGACGACUGCGCUGAGUGCAUGCCGCCGAUUCAAGGCGUCUUCAACUGCCAGUGCGGCCCACUCUUUCGGCACACCUGCGCUCCCUGCAACAACCUGGAUAUGUGUGCGUCCUUGGCAAACGAGCCUCCUGAUGCCCCUGGACGUCAUCUCGAAGGGGUGAGCUUUGAGCUCACCUGCAAAUCCGCCGAAACCGUGCAGGUGGAAGUGCAGGUCAUCGCUCGCCACCGCGGCUCGGACGUCUUCUACUUGACGGUGGGGCCUUGCGCCAGGUGGAGGUGGUACUUGAAAUCCGGCUGGGGGACUACUUGCGCACAGGACCCCAUGUGCAGCUAUCAGGAGGAGCCCCGCUGGACUGAGCCCUCGGAUGCUUGCAAGCUCACAGAGGGCAAGCAUUACGUGUCGAUUCGGCCAUCUGACCCUGGAGAUAUCAAGCUGACCAGGCUCCGCUUGGCUCGGGGCCAAGAAGCGUGCAAGUUCGAGACCUUGCCGCCGGUGACCACGACCACCACCACGACCUUCACGUUGCCCACGUAUUUCCAAGGGCUAUGUCCUUCGGAGGCCCCAGCCCUGAAGGAGUUCAAUGACUGCCCCUUUCGCUACUACGUUCUGGAAGUCCUGUCAACGGCUGGCAAUCAGGAGGCGUGGAAGAUCGCGGAGGUGCGAUUGUAUCAUUACAAUUCCAGAGGAGUCCUCAAGAAGUUCCCAAGCUCGGAAGUGCAGGCGGACCUCAUCGAGGAUGCCGCAGUUUCUGCGGAAGGCUGCGACAACACCGCGGCCUCGGGGGCCUUCGACCACUCGAUCUUCAGCGGGGUGUGCUCCCCGAGCCCCAAGACCAAGCUGCGACUGGACCUGGGCAGCGAGGUGGCGCUGGCCAAGUACACUCUGAUCAGCGCCAACGGUUCUGCCGCCGCGGAUCCAAAGUCCUGGCGAUUGUGGGGCUCCUAUGAUGGAGUCACUGCGGCGAAUAUGACCAGCGUGGGCUCGGCAUUUCAGCUCAGCGAGGUUCAGGAGGUGAGCUUUCCGACGUCUCGCUGGAUGUGCGAUCCGCCCUGGGGCAUCGCUCUGCUGAACGGCCACCACUGCACCACGACGACCACAACGACCAUGGAGGUCAAAGAAGUGGCGACCACCACUUCGACUACAAAAGCCGCAAUCCUCAAAGAUCGAUGUUUUUACCGAUACUAUGUGUUGCAAGUGACCCAAGCAAACGACGUCAAGGCGAACAGCUGGCAAUUGGCAGAGGUUGAGCUGCGUCAGAAUGGAAAGGCAUUGAGCCUCCCGAAGUCGCGGACCACCGCCUGGUUCGUGCACGGCAGGUCGGCCAGGCCAGCCACUGUCCUUGACGAUGGGACGGAGGCCUACAACGUCCUGGAUGGGAACUUGGCCACUCUUGCUCAGCCAGACGGAGGCUUCAGCGCAGACUACCCUGCAAUGCAACAGGCCAUGAGCAGAAAGCCCUUGGUGGCACAGAUGAGUUCUGUUUUCGACUAUGCUGAUGCUCAUUCCUGCAUCGAUGACGAUGAAUACACGCGCUGCAGCACUGCGUGGAACGAAGGCGCUGGGGAGCUGAACCCCUGGUGGCAGCUGGACCUGGGAGAUCGCCAGUACGUGGACAUUGUGGCCCUUCUCAGCCAUCCAGACGGUUGCGAAGCAGCGUGGGGUGUGGAUUCGGGGGACAAGUGCGACCUUGCUGGAGCUGUGGUGAGCGUUGGCGAUUCCCCAUGCAAAGGCGACACCUGUCCCGGCGAGCCCUGCGGCAACGUAAAGAUCAAGGGCAAGGACAACUGGUAUUAUGUCUACUGCGAGAAGAAGUUGGGGCGCUACAUUCACGUGCAGCAGCUCGGCCAGCGAGUUCUGAACUUCCGCGAGUUUCGGCUUCUCGACGAGGAUGCUGUGAAGGAUAUGAACUUGCCAGAGCCUGAACAGAAGCCGCCCAUGGACUUUUUCGAUAAGAGGAGUCGAGGCGGCUAUUACGACACUAGAUGCCACGAGAAUUUGGCCAGCACCAUCCGCGGCUCCAGUCCAGAGCAGCUGGGCAAGUGCGCGCAAGCUUGUCUGGACCACUCGGAUUGCGGUGGCUUUGCGGACUACAGCGGCCUGGCAUGCGUGAUCAUGACCAAGUCCAAGCUUACCCUUGAGCGCAGAUGUCAAUGGACGGACGAUGACAAAGCUGUAUACUAUGAUCGCCUGGAGGAGGCGCUGUUUACAGCGACCACGACCACUACAACCAGAGUUGAAACAACGGUGGUGGACAAUGGGUGGGAAGGUAGUGCCAACAGCGGUACCCUCGCGGCCAAACUGAUCUUGGAUCUCGGGCAGCAAAACUACUUGACCGAGUAUGCCUUGGUGUCUGGCUCCGGACCUGCCGAGAAUCAUCCAAAGAAAUGGAUCCUUAAGGGAUCCAACGAUCCAGUACUUCCCAUUGAAGAGUGGGACGAGCUAAGCAGACGCGACUCGGAAGAGCCUGUGUUCCCCCCGGGAAAGAGCGGGCAAAGAAAGCCGAUUCGACUCUCCAUAUCAUGCACAAUGUGA